AUGCGCUAUGUCACUCAUUUCAGCGCGGAUAUAUUUUCUCUGCUGAACAGUGUCAUCUAUUUUCAAAAGGCGGUCCUUGAAUUGCAGCGCAACCAGCGUGCUGUCUCUAUGGCCAGCUUUCUGUAUUCCAUUAUUGGCGCUGCCGGCACAUGUCUCCUGGCUGUUUUUCUUUCCACGGCCGACAAGCAUUGGGCUCCUCUCUUUGGCCGUAUUCCACGCAUGCUUCUGACCGAGUAUGCUGCGGCACUCUCGAUCAUAUUCUUCAUCGGUGUCCCACAUAUCGGAGACCUGGCUGCACUCGAUCAACAGCGUUUGUCGGUUCAGACCGAACUUCGGCCCACUAGCCUCGACCGUACUGUCUUUCUCGUCCGGUUCUGGGAAUUGCCGGCACGCUGGGCUUUGGCCGCAAUGCUACCAGGUGCAAUUAUCACUGUCUUGUUCUUUUUUGACCAUGAGAUCAGUAGCAUUAUUUGCACACUCAAGAGAUACGGGGUGCAAAAGCCUGGUGGUUUUGCCUGGGACAUUGUCCUUCUCGGUACUACAACUGCAAUAUGCGGUAUUCUCGGCAUCCCACCUGCAAACGGGCUUCUGCCUCAGGCUCCCCUUCACUCGGAAUCCUUGAUACAUACCGUUUUUGAGCAGGAUGACGCUGCGGUUGGCACUUCUUCCAUCAAUGAAAAUGCUGGACAGAACAGGAGCGAAAUUACAUCCUCCACCGGAUCCACAGAACGUGUCUUUACUCGCGUGUAUGAACAGCGGUACUCGGCGUUCCUUCAAGCUGCUCUUAUUUUGGCCUUCACGUCGCCUCCACUGCAACGACUACUCGGGCUUACACCAACGUCCGUCCUCGCCGGCCUGUUUCUGUUCAUGGGUUACCAGUCGCUGUCUGUGAAUCCUAUCCUCGCCCGGUUUGCGUCUUUAUUAACCCCGCCCUCCGAGACGGACACGCUGACGCAGUACAACUUGCCUAACAAUGUCCACUGGGCGGCCAUCCAUUUCUAUACCAUCACACAAAUCGUCGUAACCGCGGCUGUAUUUGGUGUCACACUCACUGUAGCCGCACCCAUAUUCCCAGUCCUCAUCAUUGUCCUUGUCCCUCUACGAUUGAUGCUCAUGAACAGGAUCUGGAGCAAGGAGACGCUCCGUUGGGUGGAUGGCUGGGCGUGUCGUGAAGGAAAGCCCGAAGACGAAUCAUCCCAGGAACAAGGUGACGACGGUGGAGAGAGUGGCAGUCGGAUAACAGCAACUCGUCCAUCACCAGAUGAGAAAUGCCGUUCUCGGAAAGACAACAUAGGAGAAGCACUCUUCUCAAGUGACCAAGCUGUCCCUUCUGGGAUAAGUAGCAACCUUCCUGGAAUCUGUGCAGAAGACAAGCUGGAGUAG